GUCGUAAUCUCAACGGAGGCAGACUUUUUCAUUGUCGCGACUCCCAUCGAUUUCUCCUUUUCAUCUUAUCAGAUCGACUUGCAAAUGGCACAAAAUCAAGAAAAAAAUGGCUCAGAAGUCACAGUGGCAGAGCAAAGCGAUGGACAACGGCCAAAGUGUUUUAAUAGCACGUUCCAAGAGGUCCUUUUCGUGUUGACUGCCACUAUGGCUAUCGGUCAACAGUCGUUCUUUCAAGGAUGCAUUGUCGGGGUUACUGCAUCAAUUGGCAGUGACUUGAAUAUGAACUCGGCGGAAAUUACCUGGAUCAAUGCCGGUGCUUCUCUCACAAGUGGUGCAUUCUUGCUAACAUUCGGCAAAUUGGCCGAUAUGUUCGGCCGAAAGGUGCUGUUCAUAAUUGGAAUGGCCGGUUUCUCUAUCUCACUACUGAUUGCCGGCUUUGCAACAAAUGCCAUUUACAUGGAUGUGUUCUCGGGGGUCCUUGGUCUUUUCGCAGCAGCCGUUGUUCCACCGGCCGUCGGUGCUCUCGGUGCGGUUUAUGAGAAGCCCUCGAAGCGCAAGAACCUCGCUUUCGCCUGCUUUAGCGCUGGAAACCCGCUUGGCUUUGUCGGUGGUAUGAUCAUCUCCGGUGUCGCUUCGUAUCUCUAUAAUUGGCGUGCUUCUUUCUGGGCCCAUGCCGUCGUCUACGCUAUUUUUACGGUCUUGACCGUGUGGACUGUACCUGCAGAUGGGUUUGCUAGAACGCCCUUGAGUGUGCAGGCGCUCAAGAAGUUUGAUAUUCUUGGCACAGUGCUGAUUGUUAUUGGAUUUGCACUGUUCUCGAGCUCCCUUUCAUUGGCGGGUGAUGCACCACAUGGUUGGAAGACAGGCUAUGUUCUCGCGCUGUUCAUUGUGGGAUUCUUCCUACUUGUUGGAUUCCUGUAUUGGCAGUCUAUUGCAGAGAACCCUUUGAUGCCUCUUUGGGUGUGGAAAGAUCGCACAUUUUCCCUUCUUAUGGGAACUUUCUGUCUCGGCUUCAUGGGCUUCGCUGCCGUUACCUUCUAUCUCUCCUUGUAUCUUCAAGAGGUCCAGCGUUUGACUGCUCUUGAGAUAACCCUUCGACUGCUGCCUAUGGUCGUUAGCGGCGUACUUGUUAACGUUGUCUGUGGCUUGCUACUACACCGCGUCAGCAACAAGAUACUAACUGGAAUCGGAGCGCUGGCAUAUACAGCCUCGUUCUUGAUAUUGAGUUUCAUGAAGGAGGACGCCUCCUACUGGGCUUUCAUCUUCCCCGCACUGGUUCUUGUUGUUGUUGGAGCUGAUAUUCAAUUCAACGUGACUAAUAUGUACGUGAUGUCUUCCCUCCCACCAUCACAACAAUCUAUUGCCGGCGGAAUUUUCAACACUGUCAACAAGCUCUGUAACAAUUUGGGCCUUGGCAUAGCGACUUCUGUCAGCUCUUCCAUUUCCAAUGGGAUGACGAGCUCCUCGGCCCCUAUCGAUCCUUACCUGGCUGUUUAUUGGUUCGCAGCAGCGGCAGCGGGCAUAUCUCUGGUCAUGGUGCCAUUCUUGAAGCUUGGCACGCAGGGAAAUGCUGUACCACCGAGUGAGCAAGAUGAUCAGUUGGUUUCCAACGAUGCGAAAGCUGGCGAAAUGACCACCACCGACGCCGCGGACUUCCCAGUCGCGGGUGUUACGGGCUCUGUGGUUUCUCCUGCUUUGGAGGUUACUACCAAAAAGUGA